AUGAGCGGCAUCUACGGUGGUUAUUCCCCACGGGAGAAUUGGCAUAUUGGACAGGACGACUGGAUUGAACGACAACCAUAUAUAGGAGACUAUCAUCCAGCACAUAGAUCCCUGCCUGGAUACGACGAGUGGAAUGAAUUGGGGACAUUUCUUAUAGACUCUCGUCCAGCAAGGAGAACUCUGAUUCAUAGAGCACCUUCACAAAGUAUAAGGGAUGACAUACUGACGGGACGACGUUCUGGCAGAGUCAGCCCUUCGCCACCAGCGCUAACUUAUUCUCCCGAGAGAUUCCUACUCAUCGAAAAUGAUACUGCGCGAAAUACCUAUCCCUCGUAUAGACAGCAUGUACCUGAUUCUCCACCUCCAAGGCACUAUCAGCCACAGUACUCACCACCCUCUGCGCUGGAGUCGAGAUUUACAAAAGAAGAGUGCUUGAGUAAGCUGAGAAAAGUAAUGAUAUUUAAUCCACAUCUGAGUAAUAUUGUGAGGAGAAUGGGAAUGAAGAAUAAAACUGAUAGCACAAACCAAUCCGGAGAAAGUAGGAAUUUUCAGGACACUGAUGGUAGAAGGUGUGCCAUUUGCUUGGAUGAUUUCGACUCCAAACAGUUCGUGAUGCUCACUCCAUGCGAUCAUAUGUUUCAUGAGGAUUGCAUAGUGCCAUGGGUGAAGAGUGAAGGAAAGUGCCCUGUUUGUAGAUUUGUGAUUUGCAGGAAAUAG